GCUAUUUGUAUAGCAGCCGCUAUUAGUGGUAAUAGCAGCCACUAUUGAAAAAAUGUUACGCUAUGAAAAUUUGUCAUAGCGGCCAUAGUUUGCCGCUACGCUAUGCCGCUAUGGCCGCUAUUGACAACACUCCGCCUAUAAGCUCUGUUUUGCUAUUCUACACAUUGUAUUCUAAACAAACGGUUACGCCAAAGAAGUCUUUAAAAGGAUACAGGGGUUUAAAAAAAGCUUACUGGGAUGUGGCUAAAGAAGAAAUUAUUUUAUGCGACUCUGUUGACAUAUCAAUUGCUGUUGCUAAUGAGAAGCUCAGGCAACUAGCUGAAAGGGCAAGGACUGGGAAGCUUGCGCCACAUGAAUUUCAAGGAGGAACUUUCAGCAUUUCAAAUCUUGGAAUGUUUCUGGCUGGUAUCCUCACUGUUGGUAGAAGAAACAAAGUUGUUGAACCAGUAGUUGGAGCAGAUGGAAUUGAGAGGCCAGCUGUUAUCACAAAAAUGAACUUAACAUUAUCAUCUGAUCAUCGUGUAUUUGAUGGCAAAGUUGGAGGUGCCGUUCUCUCAGCAUUACAUUCCAACUUCAAUGAUAUCAGGAGACUCAUUCUGUAACAAAAUGGAGAAUUACCAAAAAUUCUUUGCUAUAAUAAUUCCAUCAGAUCUACUCUCUAAAAGUGAGUCCAGAAUAUUUCAAAGCCCUCUGUAAUUUUUUUUUCCCAAUAUAUUCAUUGCUACAGCAAAUUUACAGUGAACUGAAGUUUUGCCAAUUCACUAAAUCUGUUCAGAGUGAAACCAAUUGAUUCAGUUAACUGAUGUAAAAUUUUGCAUGUUGUUUAAGUGGUCCAUUGUGAUGGAAAGAUACCAAUAAUUUUAUGAAUAAAUUACAUAUGCCAUU